UGUCUCUGCUUUCUCCUUCACUGUGCCCCGCAGUACCGACCAGGGCUGAGAAACUGCACACUGCGCCUGCAAAUAAAGGUAAGAAAAGAAGAACUUUAGUCAAUUCUGCGGUAGGACAAGUUAUAGGCGUGUGUUGCUUUAUCUGCAUGAUAAUGUAGUUGUUGUCAAGUACCGUUUGUCUCUCAGGCAAAUAUGAGUCACACAGACAGAGGUGGGAGUGCUGCUGCAGUUAUGCCAGGGUUUCAGUGCCAGUUCAGGCCUGUGGGAUCGAAAAGUUCCCAUUAAUCCACGUGUAAACCACCAGGGAACAACUCAUCCCCACGGUGGGAUGUUUCUUCUCUUUGACCAAAACAUGCUCACAAAAUGGAGGGUUACAACGGGGCAAAGGGGGUUCCAAUUCUUUUCUUGUUUUCUUUGAAUGUAAUUUGAUAAUCUGAAAAUAUAGUAAUCCUCAAGUGUUACUAGUGAGAAAGGGUUUAUUCUUUGUGAAAGUGUUUUUUUUUAGGGUGUGCAGUGAUUUUUAACCCCACCAGCAGACACAGACGUCUGACAGACGCAGGAACAAAGAAAGCAGAGGUGGACGCAUCUGGCAAAUAAGACAACACACACGUCUGCUAAUGAGACAAUGACAUGUGAUACCAUAAAUCUCGAUACAACGUCUUAUCUGUGUGUUUAUUCCAAAGCACAAGGUCCACAAAGAAAUAUAAAUCAUGGACCGCUAUCUUUUGGCACUACUGUGGUCCAUAAAUGCUGAAUGGUGGUGACCCACUAAGUUGGUUGAUAAAACAUUGUGAUCAGAUUGAGGAAACAAACACAACAGAAGCUUUAAUUUUUAUAGCUUAAUUUUUUAUAGUCUAAUGAAGGUCAUGAUAUAAAAUGCUGACUCUCCAAUAGCUGAUAAACUCACUAAUAAUUGUACAGGGUGUUGCAACAGAGUGACUAUGUGACCUAAAGCCAGCUGCUACAUUGUUGUUGUCUCUGUUUACCUCAUAACCCACCUGAGGUGACUCUCAUGCAAAAGACUGAACCAUAAAACAAGAAUAUUGACACCACAAGCACUGUGAAUACAAGCUAUAAAUUGUCUCGCUGUAACUUGACUGCACUUGACCUUAUCUCACACACACAUUCCUCCCAUUAUAUGCUACACACACUCGCCUUGGGUUUACCUUAUCUGUGGGCCUGGGCUCUGUUGGGUAACUGCCUGUUUACUCAGCUUUAUACUUUAAGUAUUUGUUCAUUAACAGUUUGUGUAUCAUCUUUAAACAACUUAAUUGAACUGUUAUUUAGUUUUUGAGCAAAAGUUGAUAUAACUGCUUAAAUGUCAGCUGUUGACAUAGUUUGACAUGAUGGUUAAGUCUAAACUUUAUUUCUAAUACAACAUUUACUAAGAGAAAAUAACUAAUUUAGUUUUUUACAAAUUAAACUCUGAAGCUUGGUUCAUACAUUAAACGUCAAUAUAUUUUUAUUUUUGGUCAGUUAAAGUAGGAAAGUAGUUUAUUUGGUUAAUGCUAAUUUUGCAGUGCGUAUAUAUUACAUAUUAACAGCUGUACCUGAAUUUUGGGUUCAAAGCUCACAACUCAUCUCAAUUCCCUCUCCAGUCUUAGUCAGACCAGCUUGUGUGAAUAGAUAAUAAGGAAAGUGUAGAUGUUGUCAUGCAAAAUCGUUGACAACCAUAACUCUUUUUGUGUUGUUGUGGCUGCUGUUUCUGUCACAUACCUCUGCUGUUUCCAGCUGUCUGCCUGACCUUCGAGUCAGGACUGUCAUCUGGCCGCAGCUCAUUAAAGUGUUCAGAUGUGUGGCAUCACUGUGUUUGUGUAUAAAUACAGAGUGGAUUUACAAUACAGACAAAUGAAGCCGUAUUUCAUCGGGGCUCCACUGGCUAAACCUGGAUGGUCGUUGAAACUCUGGUCACAUGUGUCGUAGUGUUGGGUUCACCUGAGCUAAAUUUAGAGCUGAGUGCUGAGACUCGGGAUGAGGGCAAGGAGGAGGCACAGAGUCAAAAAUGGAUUCUGUGGUGGGGACGUAGAGAAGAAGUGUUUGGAGGGGACAUAAACGGUCCGGGGAUUGUGCAUGGUCAGCAUAAUGCAGGUCAGCUGGCACACAUUCACGCACUGUUUGAGAAAUGACAACUGACAGCAGAGACAGAUGGACAUUUUGGCACAUGCCCUGAUUUACACUCAGGUCUAUGCCUGUGAAAAACAUAAGACCUUGAAACCUCUCUGAUAUAAGUUAUUAAAUUUGAAAAAAAUAAACCAUGGAAGCAGAAGACAUUGAUCAGAUUUUAAUGAUAAGAAUAGCUUUAUUUGAUCCCCAAAGGAAAACAAUCAGACCUUGAGAAUUUUUUGAAGUUGUUGUCUCUCGAUUGUAAAAAUGUGAAUCAGGAUCUUUCGAUGGGUUUGUGGUUACGUCUCAUCACAGUACUAUUAUUCAUAAGCAAACUAAAACAGUCUUGAUGGAGUUGUUUUUUAAAAGUGAUUCAACUAAAACAUUACAUUGAAUUACUUUGUAAAGACACACAGUGUAAGGUUAUGCUCACAGCGUAUUGAUUCUGUUGUAGAGAGUGAACCUGGUUCGUUGUGGAUCACUGCUUUAUCAUAGUUUGUGGCUCUCCACAGUCUUACAGAAUUUUGCAGCAACUCAGUCUACAUCCCAUGUAGCUGAAUUUCAGUACUCUUGUUGUGUUUUUGUGAUUGCAGCAGGAAUCACUUUAAGUGUAAAAUGUCUGGAAACCCUAAUGAACAGACCGAACCUUCAGGGCCACGAAUGAGAAGCCAGUCAGCUAAAGAGACACUUUUUUUCUGUCCUAGGUCACCUUUAAUUUGACAAAAUAUCUGUGUAAUCCAUUGAUCUUUAUUGCAAAUGAGUGGCUGUUAAAAUCAGAUAGAUCUGCUUCUAUUAAUUGGAAGACAUACUUUCUAUGAGUGUUUAACAUCACGCCAACCUAAAUGUGGAAAUGAAAAUGACUGAGAGUGAAUAUGAUGCAAAUACAGUAGGACUCAGGAUGUCAUUCAAUAGGUGAAUGACACUGUGUCAUUAGAUUGCAUCACAGCUGCUGUAACAUGCUGCUGAUGUAAUACUAGUGAACAGAUGGUGCUUACCUGUAUAAUGUGCUGUGUUUUCUAAACUCCUCAAUAACGGCCACAGAGGCAACUCAUCAUUUUGUUCUUUUCAUGCAGCUAAUCUGUAUUUUUAAUCUGAUAAAAGAAAACUAUUUCCCUCUGACACACAGAGGCCGUACUCUGGCCUUAUCAUGUUAAACACUGUGCACAAAGUACACAUGUUCAUUAUAUGUUGCCCUAUGUACAUACUGUAUAUUGUGAUGCAAUAGUUAGACAGUUCUUUGCAUAGGAAGGACAGCUCUGACUGCGUUUUGGAGAAACAUGCUAACAUCCACAGACGCUGCAGACAAACCCACAUAUUGUGCACUGUUGCUGUCCAAACAGAGCUGCACAACUUGCCAAAGUUUCCCAUUGUCCCUUGCACUUUUCUCCUCUGAAGAGGCAUGGCUGAGAAAGGAGUGGUGGUGCAGACAGACAAGGCAGGAAAUGGCAAACAGGCAGAGAACAAAGGCCACUGUGUGACAUGUGAACACAACGUACCCAUGGGACAUGGUGAGUGAGGGGGGCUGUGUGUAGAAAGAGACAGACGACGCAUCAUCAGGGUCCUUGGAUUGAGCUUUGGCUGCCACAAUUGGAAAUUUAGAAAAUCUCCAUCCUUUCUCUUUGCUAAUUCUGUGCCUGAUUGCAGGAAAUCUGAUACAGAGAAGAUGUGAUUUGUGUACCUAACAUCGAGGAGACAGCAGGACUAAAGCGCAGAAAGGCUGUGUCAGUAGUAAAUCAUUAAACCAGCUCUAGGUCAGGAGUAAAUGUAGGAUAUUCUGAAUGCUCCUGCAAAGUCACCUUGUCAAAAAAUGUCUUCUUCACAUGCACACACACACAGACAUGCACCCAGGAGACCCUGAUGACUGUGUGCAGCCCGGUGCAGUGCAGUGGUGUGCAGGAGUGAUAGAUGCUGACUAACCAAACCUGCUUCUGCUUAGGUUCGCUCUUCUGCAUUUGCUCAGAUAGUUUUUUUACACACCAUACAUAUUAAAUGUCUUUAACAUCCCGGCAUUAUGGAGAGGCUUUAAAUGCUGAAAAGUAAAAGAGUCUGUCUGCAUCCUUUUCCUCUCAGAUUGGUUAUUAGAUCCUCAUAAAGUCUCCUGCAUAUUUCUGGUCCCUGCCUUCAUUAGUUAAACAACCUCUGCUGCUUGCAAAUGGAUUUUUGCCAAGCGAUCAAUAGGGUUCGCAUGGUGAAUGGUGGGGGAGGAGCGAAGCUGUAUAUCACCUGCAUUCAGACAGGCUUCCACCAGCUGAGACAAAUAUGUGAAUGGAUGCAUUGAGUUUGUAAAAAAAUGUUUCUUUUUUCUUUUUCUUUUUUUUGCUGUAAUGUCUGUCUGUUAAUGUUUUACAUGUGAAGGAAUAUAAGGCAUUCGAUCGGCAGUGCAAACUGUGCUGCAUUGUUUUGUUCCUGCAGUAGUGCAGAGCUUCAUGUGUUUGCAAGAGCUACUCAGCUUGUGUUUGUUCACUCUGUCUUUUUUUAAAGGGGCAUUCCAACAAUUUUAUAAGCAAUGUUAAGUGUGGAUUAGUUCAAAGAUGUGGGUGUUUAUGAAGACGAGAAUAACAGACAGUUAAGUGGCAUUAUGGGAAAUGUGGGAAAGGCAUUUUUUUUGCCCAUGCUUGAUGCUAGAGAUCUAUCAGCCUUUCCUGCAUCCACCCUGAUCAUUACUCUCUUUAGAUCUUUUCCCUUUGAGUUUAUCCAUUUUUCAAAAGUUCUGGAGUAUCCCUUUAAUCUUUUAGACUGAUUUCGUAGUUUGUAUUUUGACGUUUAAGAAAUAAAAAACCUUUUUUUUUAUUUUUAGGCAAAAUGGCUGUACCUCCUGCAUACGCAGACUUGGGGAAAUCUGCUAAAGACAUCUUUGGCAAAGGUUUUGGUAAGUCAAUGAAUCUCUGAACUGUUUGACAUGAAGCAGAGCUGAUACAGGAGUACACUUUGGUUGAUCUUUGGCGGUCUGUUUUGACUGCAGCUGUUUUAGAGCCAUGCUGUGCAACAAAGGGAUGUGAGUUACAUUUCCACCCUUCCUUGUCUUUUUGAAUUUACCUAACUUUUUUUCUUCCUCAGGAUAUGGAAUCCUCAAGCUGGAUGUUAAGACCAAGUCUCAGAGUGGUGUUGUAAGUACUUUUGUUGUCUCUGUCUGAGUCUGAAGUGUUUUCAUUUGCAUGUCCAGGCUUCUCCCUCAGCACUUUGUGGAGUAGACCUGAUGGCUGACUCACGGCCUUGCAGCACCUCAUGUCAGGCUAAAUUUGCAGCCUGACAUGUAUUCAGUUGAACCUGCAGAGUCAGCAGAGAAACGCCGUCUGACAGACAAGAUUACACCUCACUCUUUUCCUUAAGCAACAUGUCCUGUUGUGAUACUUCACGCCAGGCAUGCUGUGCUCUUGUUGCCAUGGUGAAACCAUAAUGAGCGCUUGCAUUCAGAGAUUCCCACAUGCCACAAAACUCUAACCACAUUGUAAAAAAACAUGACAAAAGUAUUUCCUCUGCAUCUCCACUCACAAAUUUCUGCGCUCUGUCGUGCUGCUUUUCAUUUUCCCAUUGAGCUGAUAAAUACCUGCAUGUGAACUCCGUGUAAUUCUCUCUAACCUUCUCUCUCCUCUCCUUUUUUCUGCUUUCCUCUUUGGACGUUGCUGUCAGAUGGUAAGAGAGAGUGUGUGUGUGCAUAUGUAAUGAUUAAACAUGGAUGCUCGGCAGGGUAAGCCAGUGAUACCAGCUACGUGUUUGUGUGCAGACAGUGUGUGCAGGCUUGGUGCCAAGUGUCACUUUGCAGCAGUAGCUCGUCUAAAUGACACCAUUACCCAGGCUGCUGCAGCUGUUAACAGCACUGAGCCUCAAAUGCACCCAAACAGCCUCUCCCCCACAGUCCUGCCCUUAUUUUCCUUCUCAAUUGACUUCUUUAUCUUGUAGGUGUAGUUCUCAGUCUGAAUAAUGGGCCGUACAAACCUGACAGGGAUUGUGUGGCAGAGGAAAAGCACAGAAGCCAUGUUUGUUUCCCUCCACUCUGUUUGUGCUUUCUCUCCCCCUCUUUCCAGUUUUUCUAGUCGUCCUUUAGUGUGGCUAUGUUCCUUCUGCUUCCUCUCUCGAAUUUUUUUUUACAAUUUCCGUCUUCUCUCUAAUCGCCUUAUCCCCCUCUUCCCCGCAGGAGUUUGCCACCUCAGGCUCCAACAACACAGACACAGGAAAGUCAGGAGGUCACCUGGAGACCAAGUACAAAGUGAGCGAUCUGGGCCUUAACUUCAGCCAGAAAUGGAACACAGACAACACGCUCACCACAGAAGUCACCAUCGAGGACCAGGUGAAGUCAGAGAAACCUUAUAUACAUUUAAAGCAUCAAUAUUGAUCAUAUUAACGUUGAAAGUAUUCACUCAUGAUCUGUUUUUCCUGUUUGUGUGUAGUUGGCUAAGGGCCUGAAGCUCAGUCUGGACACAUCGUUUGUGCCCAACACCGGGUAAGAGCGAUCCUGUUCAUGCUUCUUCCUUAUAUUGACCAAAUAAAUGAAUGCGUAAGCCAGUCAUUACGUGUGAAACCUACUCCGUCUACAUGACUUCCCUUAUUUGUAUUUUGUUGUUUCUGCAGCAAGAAGAGCGCCAAGCUGAAGACUGGUUACAAGCGCGACUAUGUCAAUGUGGGCUGCGAUCUGGACUUCGACAUGGCGGGGCCCACCGUCCACGGGGCUGCCGUGCUGGGCUAUGAGGGCUGGCUGGCCGGCUACCAGCUGGCUUUCGACACGGCCAAAUCCAAACUGACCCAGAACAACUUUGCCCUUGGAUACAAGGCCGGUGACUUCCAGCUUCACACCAGCGUGUGAGUCAAUGACUUCACCACAGUAGAAAGAGAGGCAGGAAGUGGAAGUGAAUCACAGCAGGAUGUUAACGUCUGGAUCUAUAUGUUUGUUGUUUCAGUAAUGAUGGCACUGAGUUUGGUGGCUCCAUUUACCAGAAGGUGAACAGCAACCUGGAGACGGCAGUCCAAUUGGCCUGGACAGCUGGCAGCAAUAACACACGCUUUGGAAUUGGAGCUAAAUACCAGCUGGAAAAGGACGCCUCUUUGUCUGUAAGAACUUACCGCAACAUAAAACACUACUAUACACUAGAAAACCAAUGUACAGACUGUUAUUAAAUGUGCUGAUUUAUAAAGAAGAGACAAACGAGUCUUCUCAGACAGGCUGUUAAGGCUUAAACAUACAGGAUCAGUAUUGAGCGUGUAUCGUUAGCAUCUCGUAUCACCCAGCAAAUAGGUUGCCGUUAUAAUCAAUGCAGCAAAGCGUACAGGACGAAUAUCAGCGCCGUCGCAGCUCCAUCUCAGAAGCGUAUCAAGAGCAGCACUGCUAAAGAUUCGCGACGAGUCUAUUUUUGCUGCUCUAGGCUUCCAAUAAGCGUCAAUUCACACAGAGAAGAUCGUUCUAGACUGGAUGUCAUGUACGAAAACAUGUGCAUGUCAUCUGGUAUUUCAAAAUAAGACACCACAUGUGAACUCUUGACUGUGUAUCAGUUUGUGUAGAUGUGAAAAUACUUCCUGGUUGUGGAUUUAUUGGUAACAGAACAAUCUGAUGGUCAAUCCCUGAUCCAUGUGGACCCUAACAGGACUUUUAACUUCUAACUCUGUCUGAGGUUAACAGCACAGCAUAAAGGAACAUAGUUUACUUUAUUAAACACGUGUAAACCUGCAAAAACAGAAACCUUAAAAUCAUGUUGCUUGUUUCCCAUGUAGUAGAGGCUCAACGGUCACUGAACUAUAUCCAAAUUAGCAGGAAAUAGACCACAGAAAGGAAAAAUAACUUGUUGUGAGUCUGUUGUUUCCUCUAUACUGAGCCCAGCUGACCAGGACUGCACUACGCUGCUGCUACGCUCCAAAUACGCAUCCUGUAUGUGAUACCCAGGGCUGCUCUACAGAGCAAAUACGGAACAUGCCUGUGUGUUUUCGGCUUUAGAGUAUACUGACACGCAAGAAUGUCUAGAGGUGGACUUGACAGUGCUUUGAGGUGUGAACUGUGAGGCAGGGAUACAAUCCAGACCAAGUCAAGUCAGUUUGCAGUUUUACAAAGCUGGCUUUCUUGUAAUUUAGCUGAAUCACCAUGGUAACCUACUCGAAACUCAUGAUCUGGUCAAUGCUCUGUCAUGUUCUUCAGAAGUAUUUUUAACUUUCCUCUGAAGCCUUCUUUUAAAACUGAUUUGUCUACAUAGUUUCAGUGUGUACAUUCUGACUGCUUCAUGCUUUCUCCUCACAGGCCAAAGUUGACAACGCCUGCCUUGUUGGAGUUGGAUACACACAAACUCUCAGGCCAGGUUAGCUGCCGCCUUCAUUAUUUUAACUGCCUAACAACAGACUAAAGCUUUAUUCCUUCACACUGAUAUCUGACCCUGUCCUUUGCAGGAGUGAAGCUCACCCUCUCAGGUCUGAUUGACGGGAAGAAUGUGAACGGCGGCGGACACAAAGUGGGUAUGGGUUUCGAGCUGGAGGCUUAAAGAUUCGGAGGGAGAACUGACGAGAAGAGAGGGGAAAAAAGCAACACAGGAAGAAGAUUAAAGAGCCCAAAUGUGAAAACACGGCAAAGGUCCACUCAGCGACACAUGAACACAGCUUCCCUCUGGGUCCUACUCACAUACGCACACAUUCUUUUGCCUUAACCUUGAAACCCUAAGCAGCCUCCAAGACCUCCAGUACUGUAACCUCUAAAGGGAUUAAGCAUUGUUUUGUAAAAUCUACAUUAUUUACAGGAGAGAACAUUAUCUUUAUCUUUCAGCAUAAAAUAACAGGAGACACCAAAUACAGACUCAUCAGCAGGAAAUUUACACAGAACCUCCAGAUCAUGUGCUACUUCUGAGCAGUUUAACAGGACAAAGUGCACUAUUAUAAAAAGCCCUGGUGUGUCAGAUAUAUCUGUUUGAAGUAGGAUUCAAAGCACCUUUUUACCUUGAAUGUGUCGUCAUCUUGUUAUGGUUCAGAAGUACUCUGGGUUUUGGAUUUUAAUCAAGUAGUAGAGGAUGCUUGUUUUUGGUAAGUUUUGGUUUUGUUGCAUGCUUUUAAUGCUUGAGGGAAGUUUUGAUUUUCAAUGUCGAUUUGAUGAGUACAGAGACCGUAAACAGACGCAAUAAAACCUGGAGGGAUUAAGCAGAAAGACAAAGGGCAGCUGGUCCCUCUCAGACUAAGUGGACCGGUUCUGGUUCACUAUUUGACCUCAGUGACACAGUUUUAUUCUGUGGACCCUCAGUUGCCUAAAUGUCUCUAUUUCAGCUCCUGUUUGGAGCUGUAUGUCGCCUCUUUGUCAUGUCUGGUUUUGUGUCCUGUACCUUUUGAACCUUUACCACUACAUUUCACUUUAUCUGUGCUGUGCUUUGUUUAGGAGAGUUAGCCCACAGUUAGGACCUCAAACAGAUUUUAUUGAGUUUAAGGAAUAAAGAAUGUUCAACACUA